GGAUGACCGGCGUUGACUGUUGACCGGCGACCGGCUACCUACAACUGUGUGUUCAGCACUCUUUGGUCUUUCCAUCUGUCCAUAUGGCUUAUUCAAAUUUCACCCUUACAACCUAUCCUGCCAUCACUAUGCAUAAGUUGAAAGGGAAUGAAAACUACUCUGAUUGGGCUGCAUCUGUGAAAUUAUGGUUCAAGGGUCAAGGUAUGUCAGAUCAUUUAACCAAGAAUCUGAGUGAAAUUACUGAGAAUGUGAAAGAAUGGGAGAAGGCAGAUGCUUUGCUGUGUAAUUUGUUGUGGCAAUCCAUUGAUCCUAAGCUUUAUAAUAUAUAUAUAUAUACGGCUUAUGAAACUUGCAAGGCAGUAUGGGACAAAGCGAAGUCUCUUUACACAAAUGAUGUUCAACAAUUAUAUUCUAUGGUUUCCAAUAUUGUUGGGCUUCAGCAGCAACACAUGGAAAUGUCGGAGUUUCUUGGUCAAAUUGAAGCCUUGAAAGAGACUUUCAACACACUUCUCCCGGUCAACACUAUUGUGGAAGAACAAUUACAGCAUCGAGACAAAUUCUUUAUGGUUCUUACCCUGGCUGCUCUCCGUCCUGACUUGUCUCAUGUUCGGGAUCAAAUCUUGUCAAGUCCCAUUGUUCCCUCUCUAUCUGAGACAUUUGCUAGGCUUCUGAGGGUUUCCCCUACACCUGGUGAAACCAACAUGAAAAUUACAGGUGAAUCCUCUUCUUUGGUUUCACAAUCUACUCAUAAGGAUUCUGUGAAUAUUGAUCGUGGUGGAGCUUCACGCAAAAACCAUCCUCGGUGUGACUAUUGCCACAAAGUUGGUCAUAUCAAGGACCGGUGUUACAAGUUGCAUGGUAGACCUCCACAAUUCGCUCAUGUUGCUCAAGCCACAACAUCCGACUUCCAGAUUACUAUGUCCCCUACUGAUUAUGAAGACUAUCUCAAGUUCAAAGUUUCAAAACAAGCUACCCCUGUGGCACCUCCUGGUACUACCUCUCUCGCUUGUGUCUCUAAAUCCCAUCCUUCUAGUUCAUGGGUCAUUGAUUCAGGUGCAUCCGACCAUAUUUCUGGACCACAACACGGGGGAGAUGAUUGGCGUCGAGCAUGAGUCGCAAGGUCUCUAUUACCUACAACCUCCGCCACUAGUUGCAUGUGUGUCCACCAAAUCUCCGC